UUUUAAUAUUAAAACAUGGGAGCCUGUUCUAGCAGAUAACCUCCUAAAAAAUAAGUUUCUUUACCUAAACCAAUUGUUCAAGUUCUACCACAAAAGUAAAAUUUUCUUGCAAUUUGGAAUGAACUCAAUUCAUGUCUUAAUCUAGUUGAUAAAAAUGUCGAUAAUGAAAAAACACUCUCCAAAAUCAAAACUCUAUUUUAAACUAAAGGAACCAUAGAAGAAAUGAUUAUAAAUUAAAGUAAAAGAGGAGGAAGAAAUAUCAAUUAAGAUCCUUUAUAAGACACUGCUUUCUAAUAUAAUCUUUAUUUAUAAGUAGAUAAAAUUAAUAGAAUUCUUUCCGAUUAUCUUCUUAUUGAUAGAGCAUUUGAAGAUAAAAAUAAUUAACUCUUUGAUAAAUUACAGCUAAGCGUUGAUAAUAUUGAACAAUAUCGAUAAUCAAUAAAAACAAAGCUAGGGAUCUGGAAAUAAAAUCAAAGCACCAAUUUUAGUAAUACAAAUGUGUAUUGAAC